GGAAAGAAAGUCAAGAUCUUCUUCUCAUAAGAAGCUAACAGUGGAACAGAAACAAAAGGAAAAAGUAUCAGACCUUGAAGAGUUCUCUGAUGCGGGAAGCUCAGCCAAGAAAAGCUUAACUUUCGAGAAUGAUGUUAAUCCUGCUGCAUGCGCCAUAAUUCCUCCAGCUCUAAAGGUCCCUGGAGUUAAAAAUUCAAAAGUUGAGAGAGCUAUGGAGGAACAGUCCACAGACUUGGAGGACCUUGAUGCAGAAAAUAUUAUGGAGGAUGAGGAUUGGGAGGACGAAGAUGGAAGUUUCGAUAUAGAGGAGAUGAUGGAGGAAGACGAUCUCCUGAUGGAGGAGGAAGAGGAGGUUAAGAAGCCGGGUUCUACAGAGGAAAAGGCAUCGACAAAGCAUGAAAUUCCCCGGUGGUAG